AUGAGUGGAAAUGCCCCCCUAUUAACAUGCGAACAGGUUGGACUGCUACCCAGCACAGAACAGUGUGCAUUUGUACACCAACAAUGCUCCAACCAUCCUGGGUUGGUUAACUCAUUUACACUGUACUAUUGCAUUGGGACAUCAGAAACAGCAAGACACUGGGUAGGAAUUCCCAUAUUGGUACUGCUGCUAUUGGCACUAUUUGGAUCCAUUGGGCUAGUAACGGGAAAUUGCCUUGUUCCCAACUUAAAUGCCAUAACGGUUCAUUUGAGGAUUCCCGAGAACAUUUCGGGCCUCACCUUACUAGCCUUUGCAAAUGGCUCACCGGACAUUAUAUCGACAUACACCUCAUUUAAAACUGGAAAUGUCAUGCUUGCCUUUGGGGAAAUAAUAGGGGCAGCGUACUUUAUCAAUACCGUGGUUAUUGGGUCGAUAUUUUUAAUUAAACCCUUUGAUAUUGUACCACAUUCUACAGAUGGUCAAAUUGACUUGCCGGAACACCGGCUUUCAGUAUACAAUGCUAGAGGAACAUACCUGAGAGACGUCAGUUUUUUUAUUGUUGCUGUACUCAUAUUGAUAUACUGUGUUCAAGAUGGCAUGUUAACCAGGACAGAAAUGAUGGCCUUAAUAAGUAUCUAUCUUGGAUAUGUCACGAUAAUCGUCACGUGGCAAUGGUAUUUCAAGAAAGAGAUGGAUAGAAUUCGAAUCGACCACCGUGCGAGAAGCAUGUAUAAUGAAAAUGUCUUAGUUCCACCAAGGAUUGAUGAACAUAUUGAAAUUGAAGAUACGUUCAACUAUAACCCACAGAUCAUCAGAAACCUUGAAUUUGAGACAAUUCUAAGUGGUCUUACGGCACAUAGAAAAUACGGAAUAUACGUAGACAAUUCAGGCGUUCCCUACACAGAUAAUGACAAUUUAGCGAACGAAGAUAUCAAUAUCAAUUCCAACGAGGUGGAUCUAAUUGAACCUCCGAGAAAAUCAUUAGUACAUUCCGUGUUAGACAUCAUGAUGUUGCCAUUUGUCAAGUUGUUCAGACAUAGUAUUCCAAUCCUCACAUCAAGCGAUUAUGAAGGAGAAUACAAACCUGCUCUGACAAAAUUGAUGGAACUGCUGACAUCGUUGGUCAUCUCUCCUAUAAUAGUGACACAAACGUUUUUCCCUCAGGUGUCACUCUUAUGGAAGGUGCUGAUGAUUAUUUUGGCUAUUAGUGGGGAGUACUUUGCAUACCACAAUCUGAUCAAAUCAUCAAAUCCGUCGGCUGUGGUCAAAUGUAUGAUUUCUCUACUGGGGGUAUUUGCCUCUGUCUCUUGGGUUUCGAUAAUUGCUUCCGAAAUCAUAUCCAUACUCACGUUGAUUUCUUCCUUAACGUUUAUCAAGCCUUCAACAUUAGGUAUUACUAUAUUUGCAUUGGGAAAUUCCGUUGGAGACUUGAUUUCGUGUAUAGUUAUCACCAAGAUGGGUUACCCGUUGAUGGCCUUGGCAGCUUGCAUUGGCGGCCCACUGCUCAACAUCCUCAUGGGUCUAGGAAUUAGUGGCUUGUUCUCCGUUGAUGAUAAAAUUGAAAUCUCUACAAGUGUUUCAAUCAAAAUGUGUUUAAUGGGAUUGUUGUUUAAUUUGUCGGUGGUUUUGAUGGUCAUUGUCCCCCUGGGCGGGUGGAGAUGCGAUCGGUAUAUUGGGGCCGGGAUGAUCUUUGUAUGGUUUGUAGGUGUUGCUGUUUCUGUUGUAGUAGACACUUUUUUUUCUCCUUAG